CCCCGGGGAGAGACUUACAGGGCUGGCCCGCUCCGCGGCAGCGGGAUGUCCCCGCGCUGACCGCCCCGGGCCCGUGCCCACCCAUGUGGAUGCGCCCGGUCCGACCCCGCGCCACCAUGUAAACGGCGCCCGCAGACGGACGCUGGCUUCACCGCCUGGGACCCCUCUGCCCUGCCCCGGGCCUCGGGGCCCUCAAUGAGUCACAGGACACACCAUGCUGACCGGGGUGACCGAUGGGAUCUUCUGUUGUCUGCUGGGUGCACCACCCAAUGCCGUGGGGCCGCUGGAAAGCGUCGAGUCCAGUGAUGGCUACACCUUUGUGGAGGUCAAGCCUGGUCGUGUGCUGCGGGUGAAGCAUGCUGGACCAGCUCCGGCCCCAACCCCACCUCCACCACUGCCGGAUACCGCCCAUGGGGACCAGUCCGGCUUGGUCCACUGCCAGCGCAGAAUCACCGUGUACCGCAAUGGGCGGUUACUGGUGGAGAACCUGGGCCAGGCACCGCGAGCUGACCUCUUGCAUGGGCAGAAUGGCUCUGGGGAGCCACCAGCCGCCCUAGAGGUAGAGCUGGUGGACCCAGCGGGCAGUGAUGGCCGCUCAGGCCCGGGCAGUGCUGGCAGUGGUGGGCGACGGCGGCGAGCCCGACGCCCCAAGCGGACCAUCCACAUUGACUGUGAGAAGCGUAUCACCAGCUGCAAGGGCGCCCAGGCCGACGUGGUGCUCUUUUUCAUCCACGGUGUCGGCGGCUCCCUGGCCAUCUGGAAGGAGCAGCUGGACUUCUUUGUGCGCCUGGGCUAUGAGGUGGUGGCACCCGACCUGGCUGGCCACGGGGCCAGCUCAGCCCCCCAGGUGGCUGCAGCCUACACCUUCUAUGCGCUGGCAGAGGACAUGCGCGCCAUCUUCAAGCGCUAUGCCAAGAAGCGAAACGUGCUCAUUGGGCAUUCCUAUGGGGUCUCCUUCUGCACGUUCCUGGCGCACGAGUACCCAGACCUGGUGCACAAGGUGAUCAUGAUCAACGGAGGGGGCCCCACAGCACUGGAGCCCAGCUUCUGCUCCAUCUUCAACAUGCCCACGUGUGUCCUGCACUGCCUGUCACCCUGCCUGGCUUGGAGCUUCCUCAAGGCCGGCUUCGCCCACCAAGGAGCCAAAGAGAAGCAGCUGCUGAAGGAGGGCAAUGCGUUCAACGUGUCGUCCUUCGUGCUUCGGGCCAUGAUGAGUGGCCAGUAUUGGCCCGAGGGCGAUGAGGUCUACCAUGCCGAGCUCACCGUGCCUGUCCUGCUUGUCCACGGCAUGCAUGACAAGUUUGUGCCGGUGGAGGAAGACCAGCGCAUGGCCGAGAUCCUGCUCCUGGCCUUCCUGAAGCUCAUCGACGAAGGCAGCCACAUGGUGAUGCUGGAGUGCCCGGAGACGGUAAACACGCUGCUCCACGAAUUUCUGCUCUGGGAGCCAGAGCCCUCGCCCAAGGCCCUGCCCGAGCCCCUGCCUGCGCCCCCAGAGGAGAAGAAGUAGCGACUGAGCUGGCCGGGUAUCACUUAGUGAGCGCAGGAGCAAGAGGAGGAGGCAGGAGCCGGGUCGGGUCUGCAGCGUGGAUCACCUGGGCGGGCCCUCCGCUCCGGUGGGCGGGAUCAGGUCAAGGAGACGCCCCCAGGCCGGCUGGGCAGGACGUGGCAUUCGUGGGAGCCAGGUGCGCACAGUGCUCUCUGCUUCAGUCCUGCGGUGACCAUCGGUGUUUCGGGUCCAUAGCCGGGCCCCCCGCAGAGGAUGACCUUGUACAGAAGCCCUCUCCUCCACAACGCCAGGGCCGAGGCAGGCCCCCACCCGCUCUCUGUCUUCCGUGUCAGCCAUGCUUGAUCCUGGGACUCACGAGCCCCCAGGGACCCUCGGGGCCCCUCCCCAAUGCCCGAGACCCCUUACCACCCCCACCCCAUUCCUCGGCGCUGGGAGCUAUUGUUGCCCAAGGUGGGGAGGGUUUGGGAGGGGGCUAGCGCCACCGAACCUGCACAUCUCAACUUGUAACUCAAUAAAAAGUGACAAUC